AAUAUUCAGAACCAGGAAAACCAGAAAGAAAACUUGGACCAGAGGUUCCCCAGCCUCUUCAAGAAGGGCCGCAGGAAAACAGUUGUGAGGAACCUGGGGAAAAUGAUCUAUUACUCCAAGGUCAAGUUUAAGUUUCAGCACUGCCAGAAACCCCAAAAUGUGUCUUCUCUGCAGGAGGUGAAUGACUGCUUCUUGGAGCUGUUCCAGUCUUACCUGUACUUCCAGUCUAUGGGCUCCAACGGACUCACCUACCAGGGACUGCUGCCUUUGAAAGAGCUGAAUGUGUGUGAAAUUGAGCAUGGGAAGAGCACUGGGCAGGAGGAUCACGCUUUCCGCAUUGCAGGUCCUCUGCUGACCCCCCUUAUCGUGUUCUGCCCUACUGAGUCAGAGCUGAAGCAGUGGCUUUAUCACCUGGAGAAACAGAUCCAGCUAAACGGAGGCAGACUCGGCUUGCCCUUCCUCUCUCAGAAUGACUGGAAGCAGAGCUCCAUGGGGAAGGAGGAGCUGCGGUGGUCUGUGCAGAACAUGCCUGUCCAGGAGUGGAAAGGGACCCAGCGGGAAUCCCUAGGCGAUGUCCUCUGUGUUUCCAAAGUGAAGCUUCAGCAUCUGCCUUUCCAGGAGCAGCAUGACCGGCUGUUGGUGCUUUACCCAUCCACACUGGUGAUAGUAUCUGAGGAGCACAACAGCCUCUGUUUUAAGGGCGAGCUGCCGCUCAACGCCAUCCAAGUGCUUUUUGAAGAGAACGAGAAAACCUCCUUUUUAAUAGAAGGCCGACUAAUCAAUUCGAUCCGGGUGAUCUGCCGCAGCUAUGAUGAUUACCAGGAGUGGCUCUACUGUCUCAAAACCGCCCAGUUUCGAAACGCCGACUCCUCCCUCUCUGGAUCAGAGGGUUUCUCAGGAUCAAAGCUGCCACACCCUGGCCAGUUUGCCGGCAGCGGGAGAGGGUCGCUCACUUCCGACGGCCGUACAAACUCCUGGGCGUCAGGAGGGAGAGUGGCCACCUUAACACACGUCUCCCAGAACAGCGGCC